AUGGCGGUGGGCGAGUGCCAGACGAGCAACAGCAAGAGCUACGACGAGGGGGAGGACGGGGAGAGCGACCUCCUGGCGGGACCGGAGACUGUCCUGGACGAUGGCGACAUUGCGCUGCUCAAGACGUACGGCCUCGGCCCGUACUCGCGCGUGAUCAAACAGGUCGAGAACGACAUUAAGAAGGCGCAAAAGGCCGUGAACGACCUCAUUGGCAUCAAAGAGAGCGACACGGGGCUCAGUCUGCCGAGUCUCUGGGACCUCGUGAGCGACAAGCAGAUGAUGCAGGAAGAGCAGCCGCUCCAAGUCGCGCGGUGUACGAAGAUCAUCAACGCCGGCGAGGAAGAAGCCAAGUACAUGAUCAACGUCAAGCAAAUCGCUAAGUUCGUGGUCGGGCUUGGGGAAAAAGUCGCACCUACGGACAUUGAAGAAGGCAUGCGGGUCGGGGUGGACCGUACGAAGUACGCGAUUCAGAUCCCAUUGCCACCGAAGAUCGACCCGACCGUGUCCCUCAUGACGGUCGAAGACAAGCCAGACGUUACGUACGACGACGUUGGCGGGGCAAAAGACGCGCUUGAGAAGCUCCGGGAAGUCGUGGAGUUGCCGUUACUUCAUCCGGAACGAUUUGUCAAUUUGGGCAUUGAUCCGCCCAAGGGCGUGCUGCUCUAUGGCCCACCAGGCACAGGCAAGACGCUGUCUGCUCGAGCGGUGGCGAACCGCACGGACGCGUGUUUCAUCCGCGUGAUUGGCAGCGAGCUGGUGCAGAAAUACGUGGGCGAAGGCGCGCGUAUGGUGCGGGAGCUCUUUACCAUGGCGCGGUCCAAAAAGGCGUGCAUUGUGUUUUUUGACGAAGUGGAUGCGAUUGGCGGCGCGCGGAGCAGUUCGGAAGAAGGAGGGACGGACAAUGAAGUGCAGCGGACGAUGCUUCAGAUCGUGACGGAGCUGGACGGCUUUGAUCCGCGUGGAAACAUCAAAGUGCUCAUGGCGACAAACCGACCGGACACGCUGGACCCGGCGCUCAUGCGACCAGGUCGACUGGACCGAAAAGUCGAGUUCAACUUGCCGGAGCUGGAGGGCCGUACGCAGAUUCUCAAGAUCCAUGCCAAGAGCAUGAACUGUGACCGCGGCAUUCGCUUUGAGCUCGUGAGUCGACUGUGCCCGAACACGACGGGAGCUGAGCUCCGUAGUGUGUGCACAGAAGCUGGCAUGUUUGCGAUCCGUGCUCGCCGCAAAUCCGUGAGCGAGAAAGACUUUCUCGAGUCGGUCAACAAGGUCAUCAAGGGCUACAAGAAGUUCUCGUCGACACCCAAGUACAUGGUCUAUAAUUAG